UUACACAAAUACGUCACUUCCGCCAAAAUUAGUCUCAACGCUUCAUAUUGAUAUUUGUUUUCAUUCCAAUUUUGUUUUGCUAAUUAAUUGAAAAUGGCUUGUUGUUUUGGAGAGGACACAGGCCCAGCAGAGGCAGAGAGACUGUGGAAAAUCUUUAAAUCAAACCCAGACAGCAUCAAAUCACCUUUGUAUAAACAUUUUACGAAAGAAAUUCUGGAUGAGCUCAAAAAGGUCAAAACAACAUUUGGGGGAACGUUGGUACACCAAAUAAAGGGUGGGAUGACCAAUAUGGACGACCCCAUUGGUGUGUACGCCACUGACCAGGACGCUUAUACGGCAUUUGCUCCUCUGUAUGACCCAGUCAUCAAAGAUUACUUUCAAGUGGAGGAAUUAAACCAUCCUGAGACCGCGUACGGCACCUUUGAAGAAGUUACAGAGCUUGAAAACAUGAACUUAGACCCGACUGGCAAGUACAUCAAAAGAGUAUGUAUCGAGCAGAGAAGGAACUUGGAAGGACAUGCUUUCGUUUCUCUCCAAAGCAAAGCAAAAAGAGAAGCAGUGGAAAGAAUUGUGAUGAGGCUGUGUAAACACUUAGAGUGGUCAUCUUGCUCUAAAUACGACUCCAUGCUGAAGCAACACGAGGACUUUUACCAGUUGAUUGAGAGGGAUGACAUGUGCAUGAAGGCAGACAACAAAUAUCUCCAGGAUGCUGGAGGCUACAAAAUGUAUCCCUGGCAACGAGGAAUCUGGGGCAACCCCAGGCAGCUUCUGGAUAACGCCCAGUACGUAUACGUCAACCACGAGGACCAUCUGCGUCUCUUCAUCAUCGAGAACAACCGCAAGCUGACGGAUUGCUACAGGCAGAUGAGUAGGGACAUCGUCAAUCUGAGAUUACAUCAUUUUUUCGCUAAGAGAAAAGGCCUUGGAUACCUGACCUUCAGUCCGACCAAUAUAGGCACUGCUAUGAGGAUAUCUGUGCGUGUUCGGCUACCGAAGUUGUCCAAGCAACCAGACUUUGCAGAAAUUUGUGAGACAAACAAUCUGUAUUGCCAAAAGGUUGAACCGGCCAAAGACGUGGUCGUUGAACCGGACGACAUUCUGUACGAACUCUGGAACAAACACAAGAUGGGCAUGACCGAGAUAGACAUCUUACGAGAAGUGGUAAAAGGCUUGGAAAAGGUGUUUGAAGAGGAGAAAAACUUGGAGGGCAAGAAAUGAUUGGACUCGCUCUAAAGGAAGAAAUGUGUUUUCACAGUGUUUAUUGCUUAGGUUUAAAUAGUUUUAUAGAUAUGUAGAGAGGAUGAUAAAUAUUUGUUUUAGUUUUGUACUUCACACCAAACCAAGUAUUGAUACAAUUUUUCUUUAGUCGUUUUAGAAAGACCUAGAUCUAUAAAGCUCACAAUUGGAUUGCAAUUAAAUGCUCAAUAUAUUCAUAUAUAUCUAUACCACGUUUACUACAAAUGAUGUAUCUGCUAGCGUUAACAGCUCUUUUAGAUCUUGAAGGUUUAAAUAUCUUGGCUUGAUGCCUUUCCUCAACUUUUCUAUUCUGUUUGCUCGAUGUUUUCAAAGAGUGUUUCAUGAAUGCUGCUAUGUCUGAAAAUGUACAGCACAAUUUUGCCUUUGAUCUGUUUUUUGUUUACAUUGACAAAUUGGCUGGCCACUAUCGUUGUUCACUGGUUGUGAAGGGAAAUUUUGAGCUCAGAGUACAUCUGGGACUUCAUUCAAACCCCAACAUCCACUAUGUCUCAAUUGUGUUGAGACAGUAAUAAGGGCGAGGUUCAUACUAAUUUAUUUAGUUCGUUGUGUCUCUAAAGCCGUCUGCUCAGCGUUGCCAAUUACAUAUCAACAGAUGGGUUGUAAACUCAUUUAUUGUUAUUGCUUUGAUAUAUAUUUAUAGAAAACAAAGGGGACAUAAGCCGUUAGCUGUUACUCUUUAGAAAAUAAAAAUCUCUUUGGCAGCUGGGAAGAUAAGUAUACAAUACAAAUUUUUAUUUUAUAAUCAAAUUUAUUGUAUACAUAUAUACGUAAAUAUUUAUGUAGCUGAGUGCGACGUCGCAUUUAUUUCUAUGCUAUCUAUGAAUGAGUGAUACCCUCUCUAGGAGAAAAGAAUUAUAUUAAAUUAUGUAUAAUUCAA